AUGGGUGCAGUUGGAGCUGCCAUUGCUGAUGGGGUGUUGACAUUCAUGUGGGUUUUUUGUGCUUCAUCACUGAAAGUUCUCACUUUCGUGAUCGCGACAGCUUUUGGUGUUGCCGCUACUCAGAGGUUAACCAUUCUCUUCAUAACCACUUGUCUUGUUUUCACAUUCUUGUUCAUUUUUGGGAUCAUGGGGGCUGCUAUGGGUGGAGCCACCUUCAACCCCACCGCCACCGCUGCCUUUCACGUCGUGGAUAUUGCUGGGCGAAACUCCAACUCUCUCUUCUUCGGCCUCCGUUUCCCUGCUCAGGCAGCCGGGGCAGUUGGUGGUGCUCUGGCUAUCAGCCAUUUUAUGCCUUUCCAGUACAAACACAUGCUCGGGGGACCUUCCCUGAAAGUUGGAUUGCAUAUAGGGGCAAUGGCGGAAGGUUUUUUGACAUUUGUGCUCACUUUCAUAGUUCUGUUUGUAGUUCUCAGGGGUCCUAACAGCCCAAUUCUGAAGAACUGGUUGAUCUCCCUGUCGACCGUCGCAUUGGCGGUUUCAGGUUCCGGGUACACGGGGCCGUCAAUGAACCCAGCCAGUGCUUUUGGAUGGGCAUAUUUAAGCAAUGUGCAUAACACCUGGGACCAUUUCUAUGUCUACUGGAUUUGUCCAUUCAUUGGAGCAAUAUUGGCUGCUCGGGUUUUCCUCUUCGUGUUUCCCCCACCAGGAGAAAAGCAAAAGAAAGCUUGA